UCUGAGUCGUCUAUGUCCUCUGGGUCUCCUGAUGCUAUAACUCAGACGCCUGUAUCCUCUGGGUCUCCUGAUACUACAACUCAGACGCCUGUAUCCUCUGGGUCUCCUGAUGCUACAACUCAGACGCCUGUGUCCUCUGGGUCUCCUGAUGCUACAACUCAGACGCCUGUGACCUCUGGGUCUCCUGAUGCUACAACUCAGACGCCUGUGUCCUCUGGGUCUCCUGAUGCUACAACUCAGACGCCUGUAUCCUCUGGGUCUCCUGAUGUUACAACUGAAGUGCCUGUAUCCUCUGCGUCUCCUGAUGUUACAACUCAGAUGCCUGUGACCUCUGGGUCUCCUGAUGCUACAACUCAGUUGCCUGUGACCUCUGGGUCUCCUGAUGCUACAACUCAGUCACCUGUGACCUCUGGGUCUCCUGAUGCUACAACUCAGUCACCUGUGACCUCUGGGUCUCCUGAUGCUACAACUCAGUCCCCCAAUACAUCCCAGUCUCCACAGACUAACUCUUCAGUAACAAAUCCAAGUUCCAGUGAUCCUUGCAAGCCUAACCCCUGUGGAGCUGCUUCUUGUGUUAAACUGCAUUCUGAAUACUUCUGCUUGUGUCCACAAGGCAACUACUAUCAAAACUUGUCAUGUGUAAAAGGAAAGACAUUCCCUGGAGAGAUCAGCAUGAAAGUGGAGACGUCAUUUAACUUUGAAGAUGAACACUCUGAGGCCUAUCAAAACUUUUACUAUGUCGUUGUCAACUUUUUUGCAGGUGUAUUUAAUAAGACAGAUUUUGGUUUCGGACAAACUAUAAUUCUUAAAGUGAGUACCUCCUCUUCUCUGUCAGCGAGAUCUAUAGUGCGUGCUGCUGAUAAGACUGUCUACGUAUCAGUAGUAAAUAUGUUUGAUGAAAGCACAGCUCAAAAUGAAAAUACUAUAUCUGCUGCAAUUAAAGGGAACAUUGAAGGCAGUAAGGUUGUGGCCUACGCUGAACAAGAUACAUGUGACUUUUACAACUGUGUAAAGAAUGCAGACAACUGCCAGGACAAUCUCCAAUGCCAGUGCAAACCUGGGCUGAAAAGGCCAAACAAACUAACUCCUUAUUGUUUGGCUGGUAAGUAGUUUCCUGAGUCCUGCAAUGCAGAGGAAGGGAAGCAAGGCUUAAAGAACAAUAACGCAGCACCAGAGUGUGUGUGCAUGCCAGGCUACCAGAAAGCUGCUGAUGGGACGUGCAAAGAGUGUCCAUUCGGCUAUAGUGGCAGGGAUUGCAAAGACCAGUUCCAGCUGAUCCUCACCAUUGUGGGUACCGUUGCCGGAGCUCUCAUUCUCAUCUUGCUGAUUGCUCUUAUCGUCUCAGUGAGCUCAAAGAGGAAAAAGAAGAAUGUGGAGGAGCAAAAGUUGAUUGAUGAAGAAUUUAGGAAUAUACGAAUGCAGCAAACCGGCUUCAGCAACUCCGGCUUCAGCAACUCCAGCUUCAGCAACUUUGGAGGAGACAAUAGCAUCUUCCCCAAAGUCAGGACAGGGGCUGCCAAUUACACCCAAAAUCCCUAUGCAAACCAGCGAAGCAUGUCUCGCCCUGACUACUAGAGUGACAAGAAUUUGGAGCCCUCCAUAGCCCAGCCCCCACAAGCUGUGAUCCUGAGUGUUUGGAGGACAAGAGAAGUGGGCAGAGACACAGGCCUGACCUUUAGGGUUCUCUCCACCCCAUCUGUCAACCCCUCUGAGUGUGGACCUGUAUGAAGAAUGCAGCUUGCUGAAGACACCUAUGACAUUAAAUGAACAUAGACAC